AUGGAAUACCCACUUGCUGAAAUGCCAACCAUGUCUGGUUCCAGGACCGGAUGUAGGUACUCUCCAGUGCAGAUGAUCGGAAGAUGCAACAAGAAAUCAUGCAUCUUAAUAGAGAAUUUCCUGUACCAAGCCUCCUCUGGGCAACUGGAGAGACAACCUCUUGAGGAAGACUCAGACACCUCAGAAGAAGACGAGGAGGAAGAUUUGGAUACCCUCAUCACCAUGGAAACAGAUGAUGGAAUAGAUGCAUUCCAGGACAGGGCAGGCAGUGUCUGGGAAAUGUCUGAUGAGAUCCAUACAGACAAGACCAGUGCUGUCUCCAAUCCUGUACAAAGUUCCUUAAUGCCACCAUACAGGCUUGCUCGUGAGGGGACCACUCUGACCCUUGAAGAAUUCUAUUCCUCCACCCCUGUACCUGUCCGUCCACGAGAGCUUCCUGGGGUUAGGGUUCCCGAGAGGAAACGGACUGCAAAGGCUGAGGUGCAAGGAGAAGAUGAUUGCGUUGAUGCCAAAGUGACAGUGGCGGAAUCAGAAAGGGAUGAAGGAGAGAGUUCCGAUUAUUCAUCUGCGGAUGAUGACCUUGAGGCAGAUAAAACAGAGAGUGCCGCUAUGGCUCCACCAAUGGGCUCUACUGGAGAGCCAGAAAUAAUGGGCAAAGAUGCAAGUCUAAAGACAGGGCAAGACAGAUCUUUUACAAAGACAGAAAAACUUUCUAAAAAAUUCAAUUCCCAACACCAAAGAGAUACUUAUUUGUCAAGAUCCAAGACAAUGGGAAGCAUAGACAUACCAAAGAAGUCUGUUUCAAAACAGAACCAACCAACCGUGUAUAAUAUGAGUGCAAUGAGUGGUUCAGGUGAUGCUGAUAGAGCCCUCUCAGGAAAGUUUGUGGUUGACAAGCAUGUGGCUAUACAGAGUAGAAAAGCCUCACACUUAUCAUCAGCAUCCUCCUCAUCAGCAUCCUCCUCCUCAUCUUCAAAGAGAAUAGAGAGCAGUACUAAACAGACCAUUCCCACUGUUGGCCUAGUCAGCACUGACAGCGUGGAUUUGCCCCCGUCCAAUGAUAGAGUCCCCAAAAGCAUGCCAAUGCCUAAAAUGACCAGAGCUCAUACGCUUUAUGGUCCAAUGAGGACUCACGGAAAGAUUCGGCAUUCCAAAAGCGAGUCUCCACCGGUGAUAUACCCUGUUCCACCUGUAGUAUCAAUGGCUUACAAGACAAGGCCAUCCAUCGUCAGGGAUGGAGGUCACCCAACAGCUAAAUCUAAGUAUGGGACCAAAGAUAAGGCCUUGAAAGACCUGAAGCAACAUCACCAAACAGGGAAUGCGGGUGAAACUGCAAGCCAGAAAAAGACAGCUGGAGGCAGGAGGCCUCUUGGUGCCACCUCUUCCUCUCAAAAGAGACCUGUCUUCUCUUCUGCAGGAUCAUGGCGACAAAGGUCAGAGGUUGAGGAUGUGCUUCUCAGAGAUGGCACCCCUCCUGGUAGUCCAUUGCAGAGGAAAACUUCAACCAAAGAUUCAUGACACAGAACUUUGUUCUCUUUUCUUCCUCUUAGUUUAAUAGUGAGUGAAGGCCAUCUUUUACCAAAGAGGUUCCAAUAUGACUCAAUGGGGAGUACUUCCUAAUGUGGAGGACUUCCUAAUGUGGAGGACAAACACGUUUGCAAGUGGUUUAUUUACUGUGAAUUUUAUUACCUGUGCAAAAAACUGAUUAAUUGCCAUGUUAACUAUGUUUCUUCUGAAUGAGUUUUCCUAUUGAGAAAGGUGUCGGGUUGUCCAUAGUGUGAACCUUGUUGUGAUUAUUGAUAAAAAACAUCUAAAUUGAUAUACAUUCCUGAAUUUGUGAGUUUUGUGAUGAAUGGGGAGGGAUGAAUUCACCAUUGGUAGUAAUGAUGUUGAGUAACAUGGCCAUUACAAAAAAAGACAUUUAAAAAUGUAAUAUUUAUUCAGAUAUCUGAAUCAGACUUCCCUCUGCAAAAGAUUUACUGCAUGCACUUUACAGAUAAACUUUAAUUUAUUUAUGUAUAAUUGUGAUUUGUCUAUUUGAUAUCUAACCUCAGUCUGCUGAAUUUAUUUGAUAAUGAAAAACUAAUUACAUGAAAGUCAUGACCAUAUACCUGUAAUCUUUUCAUAAAAUUUAAGUAUAUAUAAUUGCCAUUCCAAUAAUUUUAUAUGAAGUAAAUCAUUCUUUUAUUCAUGUAAUGGUUCUAAUCUUCUACUUUGAGUAUAUGAUAAUUUUACAAAAAAAUGUAAUCUUACACAUAUAUUAUUAUUACAAUUGAUUAAAAAAAAAUCAUGUUUGGUCAAAUUCAUAAAAAGUAAAUGUAUGAAGGAAAAUGGUAUGAUGGAAAAUGUAAAGAGAACUUGACAUUUACAACACUAAAGAUUACAAAAUAGGCAUUUUUAAAGGAAAACUGUGGAGUUUAUUAAGUGCAUGCGCAUCUUUUUUAACAGUUAAAAAGGUGAAUGUUAUAAUCUGAAAAAAGGCACUAAUUUUUCAUGUUGAUUUAUAGUGAAGACAAAUAUUUUAAAAGAUUGAUUUCUCCCAUCUGUAACUCUUUUAAUCCAGCACCUCCCUCUUCCUUUUCUCUGACUGUAUACCUUAUUUCCAUUUUUCAUUUUCCCUCAUUUACUCUGUCCCUUCCCUCCUCCCUCGUUUAAUUUCUCUAUUCCUUCCUUCUUUCACUUUUCUCCUUCCUCACAUUACACAUCCUACAUCUCUCCUAUUUUACUUUUCCAAUUUGUUGUUAUUCUCUUCCUUCUUUCCUUCUCUCUUUUGUUCUCCCCUCUAUCUCCCCCUUCUCUCACAAUAUAUCACUCCUUACUCUUUCUCUCACUCUGCACCACAUACUGACUAUCCCUCCCCUCUGCCUCUUUUAGUGUUUUUUUUUUCAAGCAAUGUGUACAGGGUGACUGGGAAAAAGCAGACCUUUGAAAGAUGAAUAAUUUGCCUCAUCAUGUUUCCAAUUUGUUAGCAAUGGUUGGCCACGGCUUCUACUAACAAACAGAAUGAUAUCAACUGUAUUUGGUGAAGUAAUUUCAAUCAAUGCCUGUAUCUUGAAAUUCAGUCAUUCUUAUCAAAUUUCACAAACUAGGGUGACAAAGGAUACAAGGUUGUUCGCAAACCAUGAGUCUUGCCUGAUUUUGCGAUCAUUGAAAUAUGCAAUAUGAUCUUUUGACCCCUAGACGACCUUUGUCCUUAUCAUCCUCAUGAACACAUGUGGUAUUACCCAAGGAUCAUUUGUACCAAGUGUGGUUAUAAUUGAUGCUGAAAUAAAGAAAUGAGAGUAAGUUGAACAAAACUUCAAAA